CUAUCCCUCGCCAGGACAGUGCGCAGACAUGUCUCAUCGCAAAUUUCAUGCACCUCGGCAUGGACACCUGGGGUUCCUGCCUCACAAGCGCAGCAAGAAGCACAGGGGGAGGGUUCGUACGUGGCCCAAAGAUGACUCCAGCCUGCCGGUCCACCUCACUGCCUUCCUGGGCUACAAAGCUGGGAUGACCCACAUCCUGAGGGAGGUUCAUCGCACCGCACUCAAGCAGUCAAAACGGGAGGAAGUUGAACCAGUUACCAUCAUUGAAACUCCGCCUAUCAUCGUAGUCGGGAUUGUGGGAUAUGUUAAAACUACCCGUGGGUUACGAUCCCUGAAAACCAUCUUUGCCGAGCACCUCAGCGACGAGUGCAAGCGCAGAUUUUACAAAAACUGGUACAAGUGCAAGAAGAAGGCCUUCACCAAGCACAGUAAGAAGUGGCAGGAUGAGACGGGAAAGAAACAACUGGACAAGGAUUUCAGUAUGAUGAAGAAAUACUGCUCAGUCAUUCGGGUUAUUGUUCACUCCCAGAUGCGACUACUUCCAAUAAAGCAGAAGAAAGCUCACAUCAUGGAGGUGCAGCUGAAUGGAGGCAGUAUCUCCGACAAGGUGGACUGGGCGAAGGAGCACCUGGAGCAGGCCGUACCUGUGUCUUCUGUUUUCUACCAGGAUGAGAUGAUUGAUGUCAUUGGUGUCAGCAAAGGACAUGGCUUUAAAGGUGUGACAAGCCGCUGGCACACAAAGAAACUCCCCAGGAAGACUCAUAAGGGCCUGAGAAAGGUGGCUUGCAUCGGAGCCUGGCAUCCUGCCCGUGUGGGCUACACCAUAGCCCGCGCUGGCCAGAAAGGAUAUCACCAUCGCACUGAGAUCAACAAGAAGAUCUAUCGCAUAGGUAAGGGUGUCCACAUCCAGGAUGGAAAGGUGAUUCGGAACAAUGCCUCCACUAAUUAUGACACCACCCAGAAAACUAUCACCCCUAUGGGAGGCUUUCCCCGCUACGGUGAAGUGAAUAAUGACUUCGUUAUGGUGAAAGGUUGCGUUGUUGGAGUGAAGAAGCGUGUGCUCACCCUCAGGAAGUCUUUGCUCAUACACACAUCCCGCAAGUCCAGGGAAGCUAUUGAGCUGAAGUUUAUUGACACCACCUCCAAAUUUGGCCACGGGCGCUUCCAAACAGCCCAGGAGAAGAGGGCCUUCAUGGGGCCACAGAAGAAAGAUGUCCAGAAGCCACAGCCAGAGCCGCUGCCAGAGGAGGCCUGAAAAAUGGCUUAUAUCCCUACAAGAGGAUUAAACUGAAUUUCAAAUUCACUGUCUUGUCUGUAAAUCACUUUUGUUGGAUCACUUAAACCACUUUUUGUUGUGACUCAUUGUGAAUUUGUGGUAUGUG